CUCUCAUCUUCCCUCAAUGCUUUGUGCGCAGAGCCAUUGAUGGGUUGGUCUGUACAACAGGUCUCCUCUCGUCCCUUUUGUCCCCUCAGAAUCCGUCGUUUUCUCCUUGUUCCCCUACUAUUGCUUGUUCUUUGCCUCCGCGCAGGAUGAACCAUACGACUGUGAGCCCUGUUGAUUCAUCUUUGCCGGAAUCAUUCACAGACUCAGACUGAGGGAUCCCUUGAAUGUGAUCCCUCCCCCUAUAUUUUGACAAACACGGGCUCACCGGAAAGACAGCAUCAGACCACCGCGCCAGAUCGCUAUUUGGUCUCUCUCCAUUGUUCAGUCUAGCUUGACAGUCCCGCAGAGAGAAGCUUCAUAUCUCAUAGCUCGUAGACGGGAAUACAGCGACCGAUAAGUUUUUCAGAUAAGAAGAAUCCGUCCACGAUUUUUCAAGGUUCCCCGGAGCAGUCGGGCAAAGUACCCAAGAAAGCUCAAUUUAACGACGCACCGGGCACCACCAAUCCUUGAGAGCCGAGAGAAUCCGAAUGCGAAGCCAUGUCCGCGGAUAUGACGUACAGAAAUGGUGUCAAUGAGCGGCUCGACGAGCUCGGUCUUGCCUCUCCUCGAUCCUCUCUCUCGGAAUCUCCCUUCUCCAACUUCCCAUCGCCUCCGGCCGGCCAAUCGAGUUUUAAUCACGCGGCCAGUUCAGAUAUCCGUUCGACGAUCCAACGCCGAUUCACCACAGACUCCACCAAGUUUUCACCAUGGAUGAGCUUCGGUCCGCAGCCCCCUUUGUUACCGGAGUCGUUGGAUAUACUGUCAUCUGCCACUCGACUCCAUAAGUCACAGCUUUUUGAGAGAAAACGACAGCACAUUGAGUAUAUGAGAGAGCAGAAGAAGAGAUUUGAAGCCGACUUGAAGCUCCUCAACCUCCAGCAAGAGAAGGAGGAACAAGAAAUGGACCAAAUCGCUCGAGAUUUGGCACGUACCGACCUCGGGGGGGCAGCCAGCGAGCCAACCACUCCCCCUGAGUAUCAUGAGUCAGGAUUUCCAACUGCCUUUUCUCGUCCCUCUCGAUUCUCUAUCUCCAACGGCCAAUCCACCCCGAAUCGAUUUAGCAACCUGUUCUCUCCUCAGGUCACUUCUCCAACAGCAAGCAAGGCAAAUUCGUCAUUUGGUCUCAACGGCAGCGAACCUUUUACUUCAACCAUGAAUUCGCGACGUAAUUCUGAGCAUGAUUUCCAUUCUAAUGGUUUUGCAGCUUAUCGCCCCCGCCAUAUCACCAGUGGUUUUGGUCCCUCCUUGGGAUUUGGUGCAUUUUAUACUGGCAAGCAUUCUGUCGACGAGGAUGAUGAUAAGCCAAAGGAAGAAGAACGCAUGUCCACCCCUGACGUGAAAAGCUACUUGCGCAUGACUGAUCCAGAUGAUAAAUUCCCCACUUUAACCAGGCAUGACGACGAUCCCACUAUGCUUUCAGCCAAUUCUGCCGCAUUGGAUCUUGCGAACUCUCGCACUCCUGUCCCUGAGACAUAUCGUGCUAAUCAGCGUCAUCAUUCAUCCCACCAGAGCUUGCCACAAAAUGCUUUUGGCUGGCUUCAUAGUGAUAGUUCAAAUGAUAAAUCUCACAUUCCUGUUACAACAUCAGGAUUGUCCAAUGGAAACUAUCACACUCGCCAUAUCAGUCGACCCUCACUGGAUGGAGGGUUUUCAGGCUACGCUCCCUCUACCACAAGCAACACACCAUCUAACAGUCGCCCGGCCUCUUUGCAGAUGUCUUAUUCGACAAGCGAUGUUCCAACAAUCAGGAAUGGUGGCUUUCCAACAAAUAUUACCCCUCCCGGAUCGAGCAGUGAUCACCAUGGAAGCGGAGUCAUCACUCCACACUCUCAUAACCCACUCCAGCUUAAUGAUACGCCCCCUACUCCUCAGUCGGAGCACAGCGAGCCUAUUCACAAUGUGCAAUCUUUACAGUCUAAUUUCCAAGUAACUGCUGCGCCCUUCUCAGGGCAGAUCAAGACUCCUGUCACGAUGUCUGCGAAAGUUAACGGCACCGUCACGCCCACAAAGAAUAGCUAUCCACAUUCUAGUUACGGGUAUGGAAUGCAGCCCUGGGUUACCAGCCCAAUGCAAAGCAAUGGGAAUCAUGGAUUUGUUCUUACUUCUCAACCCCCGUUUGCACAGCCUUUCCAGGCUUACUCUCGAUUCCUUGAAAAUCCAGCAAGAGUUGGUCAAGUCCGCCGAAAUGGGGAGGCGGAGGCCGGCGCCUUCUCUCGAUUCGCCAAUGUUCCACUUGAACAGUACCGAGGUGAGCUGUAUGGGCUGUGCAAGGACCAACAUGGCUGUCGCUAUUUGCAGCGAAAAUUGGAAGAGCGCAUUCCCGAGAAUGUUCAAAUGAUCUUCUUGGAGACACAUGUGCAUGUUGUCGAACUGAUGACUGACCCGUUUGGCAAUUAUCUUUGCCAGAAACUCCUCGAGUUCUCGAAUGAUGAACAGCGCACUGCUCUUAUUAACAAUGCAGCUCCUCAGCUGGUUUCCAUUGCCUUGAAUCAGCAUGGGACGCGUGCACUCCAGAAAAUGAUUGAAUUUAUUUCCACCCCUGAGCAGACUCAAACUGUAAUAAAAGCUUUGCGCGACAAGGUGGUAGAUCUAGUUCAAGAUCUCAAUGGUAAUCAUGUGAUUCAAAAAUGUCUCAAUCGACUGUCUGCUGCCGACGCUCAGUUCAUUUAUGAUGCCGUUGGUGCAAGUUGUAUUGCAGUUGGCACUCAUCGUCAUGGAUGCUGUGUCCUCCAGCGUUGCAUUGACCAUGCUUCUGGAGAUCAGCGCGCACAGUUGAUUGCACAGAUUACAGCCAGUUCCUACACUUUGGUACAAGAUCCUUUUGGAAAUUAUGUUGUUCAAUAUAUAUUGGACCUCGCGGAACCUCGUUUUACAGAACCUCUCUGCCAAACGUUUAUCGGAAAGGUAUCAAUGCUUUCAAAGCAGAAAUUUAGCUCCAAUGUCAUUGAAAAAUGCCUUCGAACUGCCGACUUUCAGAGUCGUCGCCUCCUUAUUCAGGAGAUGUUGCCGGUGAACGAGCUUGAAAGAAUGCUACGAGAUUCCUUUGCAAACUAUGUCGUCCAAACCGCAAUGGACUAUGCAGAUCCUGAGACGCGCGUGGCACUCAUUGAGGCCGUUCGACCAAUUCUUCCUUCUAUCCGCCAAACUCCUCAUGGACGUCGCAUUGCCGGAAAAAUCAUGAGCAUUGAUUCUCAGAGCCGUACUAAUGGCGCCGCCAAUGGCCAGCUUACUCCUAACGGACGCGAAGAGAACGGACCUUAUCCCCAGUCCAAGUCGUUUUCCAAUCCGACCAUUUCUCAAUAUGGACCACAAUUCAAUACCAGCAUUUCUGACAGCAUGAGCGCCGGCUCCUCUAUGACCGUUAUCACAGGCGACUCUUCAGUGUCGAAUGGAGGAUCCACCGCCCCAACAUCUGAAUCCAGUACCCCCAUUUACUGCCCGAUUCCGCAACAAGGGGCCAAUGUCUUGAACGGAAUUAACGGCGGCGCUCAGGGUUUUAGCCUUUAUUAAUGGCCCCUUUGCUGUCGACCCUGUCCUUUUAUUGUCUCAUUACAGAUUGUACCACCAAAUGAAACGACGAAAUGACUGAUGAUGAUUACGGCCGCAACCCGAGAAAAAAGAAAGAGAAGAAUGAUAAAGAAAUUCCCUGUGCAAACACAAUGAUCAUGACAAAAAAGACUUGCCAUAUAGCAGAUUUGCAAAUCUCGGCCCAUGAUCUCUUCUCUGAAUCUUGAUGACGCAUUGUUUUGUUUCUCGUACAAGGGUAUAUCUAUCCGCCCUGUUGUACAACUCGCCCAUACGCAUCAAGCCCUCUUUUUGGCCUUUGUACCCAGCAAUGUCUUGAGAGCAACAGCUCAGCUGCUUUUCAUAUGGAUACACUGCUGUCCCCUACGAUGUUUUUGACGGUGCCGCUUCCACUUUAACAUUGAUAUGCAUACUUGUGCUCCAUUCUUUUGCACAACAUUACGGGCUGCUUGUCUACAACAUCCAAUUCAUUCCUUUUGCAAUACUGGCGCCAUUUCACUUGCUUUGAAUGCAGUUUGCCAUCCUGUCGAUAUCACCAUUUUGAUUUUUCUGGAUAUACGCACGCACAAUCCCGCGAUCAGAACCCAGGAAAUCCGACAAGAUCAGCAUGGUUUGGCGGACAUCCCUUUUCUUGAUAUGCAAUCCUAGGUUUUUUUCUUUACCUUCAUUUCUUUGACUCUGCUGUACUUUUAUCUUUGUUUCCAGGGCUUGAUUAAAUCCUACAACGACAAUAAGUUUUCCUUGGAUUUUAUCGGAGAUUCAUGGUGGAUGUCGCGUGUCGACUGUAUCUCUCUGUCUCCCGAAUUCGUCUUGACAUCUCAAUGCCUGCCAUCUAAAUGCUCCGUUUGACCUGCACACACUUUUACUUUCCUUUUACUCAUUUUACUUUCGAGGCUUUGUAUUCACGAUUGCUUUCCCCGGAUUAUGAUUCCCCCCCACUUUUGAUGAAUAACCCCCACCAGCCUUGUAUCAUGACCCUUUUAUUGCCCUCUCAUCUAGAAUAGAUGUACCCAUAUUCCCCAAUUUUCCCCCAAAUUCCCCCCCAGUUACAGUAAACUAAGUUGCAGAGCUUUAGCGCAUCAGCGUAGCAUAGCACGAGCAAUAAGCAUCAACUUUGUUGAACCUAUUUC